AUGGCCUCCGGGAGCGUGGCCGAGUGCUUGCAGCAGGAGACCACCUGCCCCGUGUGCCUGCAGUACUUUGCCGAGCCCAUGAUGCUCGACUGCGGCCACAACAUCUGUUGCGCGUGUCUCACCCGCUGCUGGGGCGCGGCGGAGACCAACGUGUCGUGUCCGCAGUGCCGGGAGACCUUCCCGCAGCGGCACCUGCGGCCCAACCGGCACCUGGCCAACGUGACCCAGCUGGUGAAGCAGCUGCGCACCGAGCGGCCGUCGGGGCCCGGGGGCGAGAUGGGCGUGUGCGAGAAGCACCGCGAGCCGCUGAAGCUGUACUGCGAGCAGGACCAGAUGCCCAUCUGCGUGGUGUGCGACCGCUCCCGCGAGCACCGCGGCCACAGCGUGCUGCCGCUCGAGGAGGCGGUGGACGGCUUCAAGGAGCAAAUCCAGAACCAGCUGGACCACCUGAAAAGAGUGAAGGACUUGAAGAAGAGGCGCCGGGCGCAGGGAGAGCAAGCGCGGGCUGAACUCUUGAGCCUGACCCAGAUGGAGAGGGAGAAGAUUGUCUGGGAGUUCGAGCAGCUCUAUCACUCCUUGAAGGAGCAUGAGUACCGCCUCCUGGCCCGCCUCGAGGAGCUGGAUCUGGCCAUCUACAACAGCAUCAAUGGCGCUGUCGCCCAGUUCUCCUGCAACAUCUCCCACCUGAGCGGCCUGAUCGCCCAGCUGGAAGAGAAGCAACAACAACCCACCAGGGAGCUCCUGCAGGACAUCGGGGACACAUUGAGCAGAGCUGAAAGAAUCAGGAUCCCUGAGCCCUGGAUCACACCUCCAGAUCUGCAAGAGAAAAUCCACAUUUUUGCACAAAAAUGUCUAUUCUUGACCGAGAGCCUGAAGCAGUUCACAGAAAAAAUGCAGUCAGAUAUGGAGAAAAUCCAAGAAUUGAGAGAAGCUCAGUUAUACUCAGUGGAUGUGACUCUGGACCCAGACACAGCCUACCCCAGCUUGAUCCUCUCCGACAACCUGCGGCAAGUGCGGUACAGUUAUCUCCAGCAGGACCUGCCUGACAACCCCGAGCGGUUCAAUCUCUUUCCCUGUGUCUUGGGCUCUCCAUGCUUCAUCGCUGGGAGACAUUACUGGGAGGUAGAGGUGGGAGAUAAAGCCAAGUGGACCAUAGGUGUCUGUGAAGACUCAGUGUGCAGAAAAGGUGGAGUCACUUCGGCCCCCCAGAAUGGAUUCUGGGCAGUGUCCUUGUGGUAUGGGAAAGAAUACUGGGCUCUUACCUCCCCAAUGACUGCCCUCCCCCUGCGGACCCCUCUCCAACGGGUGGGGAUUUUCUUGGACUAUGAUGCUGGCGAGGUCUCCUUCUACAACGUGACAGAGAGGUGUCACACCUUUACUUUCUCUCACGCUACCUUCUGUGGGCCUGUCCGGCCCUACUUCAGUCUGAGUUACUCGGGAGGGAAGAGCGCAGCCCCUCUCAUCAUCUGCCCCAUGAGCGGCAUCGAUGGGUUUUCUGGCCAUGUUGGCAGUCAUGCUCAUUCCAUGGAGACCUCCCCUUGAGGAGGUGAACCUGGGCCAGGAGGGCUGUUGGCCAUAAUCCCACCCUAGGCAUAAGGCCUCUUGUUGCCUUGCCUCCUUCCGCUCGUCACGGCUGGAAGUCCUUGCCACUCCCCAUGAGCUGCCGUGGGAGACGGGUGUCCACUCUCCUUCCCCUUCCCAGGCAAACUGUCAGAUUGCCCAGAAAUAAAAACCCGGUGUUGCCACACUUCCGGUUUUACACAUUACUGGAGGGGUAUAAAGAGUAGGGAUAACCCCUGGAGAGCCAUCAGGAUGCUUCACUGUGGCUCGGCCUGGCUCCCCCUGGUUCAGCCCCACGUAGUGAUCGUGGAUGUUUGCUGUUUUCCGGACCAGGGCUCCUUUCUAAGAACUUGGAGUGGACCUACCUGGCCUGUCAGCAUGGCUCCCUCUAACCCGGUUUUUCCUUUGGGAAUAGUACCUCUACCCCUAGUUCCCAUUCUGCCGUAGUUUUAUUAAUUCCAUUAAAGAGGCCUAUAUGUGUUUUGAUUAGUUCCAGUUAUUCUACAAUAAUGGUGGGAAAUGGCCCCACCUCUGUUACGAGAUAAUGUUCUAAUCAAUGUGCUCUUUGCCUCUGUGUCUUUUCCGAGGGCUUUGUCUGCUCCCUUCAUUCUAAUGAAAGGUGUAUCCUGGUGUCGGGUGCACAGCAUCCAGGAUAAUUUUCCGCCAGCACCAUCCGUUGUUCCUAGACCCCCUCCCACUCACAUUUGCGGGCUGACGGUCAGUCAUACGCCGUCCCUGGAAUGAUUCUGAGGCGGUGUUCCGGGGGUUCACUGAGUUCUUGCCUCCUUUUCUCCAUCUCCUUUGGGGAAUGGGGGGAUUGACCUUUCUAAUAUGUGUACCAUCAAGGGGCAGUUCCAUCCCCAUAGCCACUGGGUCACGAGGCAUUCUGGGGCCAGAAGUCUAAGGCCGAUGACCACAGUGGUUCUUAAUCCUGCUUCCCUUUGGGUACAUGACCCUCUGUUUGAAAAUAAAGUGAGUAUGGAUGUUGUUUA